CAAACAAAACUCAAGUGAUCACUGUUUGAUCAUCAUGUACUCUUCCACGGAGAAUCCUCCACCAUCAUACGGCCAACCACCAACGGCACCACCACCGAUUCAGUAUGCCACUGGAGUUCCGUCUCAAGCUAUGAACUCUAAUGGCGAAUGGUCCACAGGGCUUUGUGAUUGUGGCUCAGAUGUUUCCAAUUGUUGCAUUACGUGUUGGUGCCCAUGUAUUACUUUUGGGCAAAUUGCUGAGAUUGCGGACAAGGGAACUACUUCUUGUGCUGUCCACGGGGCCCUUUACACGAUACUUCUCCUGCUUACGGGAUGUCAAUGUAUAUAUUCAUGUAUGUAUCGGUCUAAAAUGAGACAACAAUACAUGUUGCCUGAAGAACCUUGCAACGAUUGCCUUCUACAUUGUUGUUGUGAAGCAUGUGCCAUGUGCCAAGAGUAUCGUGAGCUUCAGCACCGUGGAUUUAACAUGUCUCUCGGAUGGCAUGGAAAUGUGGAAAGACAAAAUCAUGGAGUGGUGAUGCCACAAUUUGCUCCAGUAGAAAUGAAACGUUGACGAUAGUGACUUUUGAACAAGUUGUUAAUCUUUUGUCUAUUUAUAGAUAUGAGAUAUACGUAUGUAUAUACAAAUAAUGUCUGCGAAUGUAUGAAUGAUUUGUAAUUUGUGAUUAAGGUUAAGAUCUUGACUUCACAUAUACACUGGCGGUAUAAAUGUUGUAAAGUUCUUGUGAAAGAUAUGU